CUUUGCCGUCACAAAAUACUAAUUAACCGGCAUUGGCUAUCUAUUCCGCUGGCGUCUCCGCUACAAAUCUUAACCCAAUCUGCUACCUGCCCACUCCACUCCUCCAUUCCUCUUCUCCACCUUUUCUUUCGUCUCCCAAGCCUCCGAGCGCUGUACAAAACUACUCAUCUACUCGUCGUCGCCGUGCCUGUCGCUCGCAUUGCUUUUCCGUCGCUCUCUAUCUCUAAGAACACACGAGAUUGUGUAGAGCCGGUAUUGGUAUUAUCGGCUAUACCAAGCUUUGCGCCACACCUGCACGUUCAUGCUAUCCCUAGGAAAGAUGUCGCGAAACGAUAACCGGUCCUUUGACGAGAGCGCUGCAACCCAGCUGAGCAACUACUCGGAUAAGGACAAGGACGACGAGAGAUCUGAUUCUACAACUUAUAUCCCAGGUACAGAACCCAUCGCUACUCCAGGCGAUAAAUCAGAUGUUAUUGGAGAGCCUGCAAAUAAAGUCGUCAGUGCAAAUGACGUCAGCUUGGUUCCCGAUGGUGGUUUGCGAGCCUGGCUGCAAGUUCUAGGCGGCUUCUUCUUGUUCUUCAACUCCUGGGGAAUUGUCAAUACUUUUGGUGUCUUCCAGACAUACUACGAAACGGAACUUCUAAGCACAACCUCUGCAUCGUCCAUCUCAUGGAUUGGUUCCCUUCAGGCUUUCCUCUUGAUGUUUAUAGGGGCAAUGACUGGCCCUGUAUACGAUGCUGGCUAUUUCCGUGCGUUGAUAAUCAGCGGUGCUCUCCUGACCUCUUUCGGCAUGAUGAUGGUCAGUCUAUGCCAUGAGUUCUGGCAAGUGCUCCUUGCACAGGGUUUUGUUGUUGGUGCUGGAUGUGGAAUGCUUUUUGUCCCAAGUGUUGCCAUUCUCUCCACUUAUUUCUCCAGACAUCUUGCAUUGGCCAUGGGUCUUGCCGCUUCUGGAAGCAGUCUAGGUGGUGUCAUCUAUCCCAUCAUGUUCCACAAACUACAGCCCAUGAUCGGCUUCGGCUGGACCACGCGCGUGCUCGGCUUCAUGAUGUUCGGCACCCUCCUAAUCUCCAUCGCCGUCAUGAAAGUCCGCGUCUUGCCCCAACGGAAGCGCAAAGUGCUCGAUCUGGCCGCCUUCAAGUACGCUCCUUACAGCAUCUUCAUUGCGGGCUCUUUCCUCAGCUUCGUCGGCCUCUACACGCCCUUCUUCUACGUGCAGCUCUACGACAUCAGCAAGAACAUCACCGCCGCCUCGCUCGUCUUCUACCUCCUCCCCAUCCUCAACGCCGCCAGCAUCUUCGGCCGUAUCAUCCCCAACUUCUUCGCCGACAAGAUUGGGCCGUUCAAUGUAUUCAUUCCGUGUGGUUUUAUUGCCGGCCUGCUUUGUGUCUGCCUCAUUCCAAUCAAUUCAACCGGCUCGCUCGUCGUCUUCUGUCUCCUCUACGGCUUCUUCAGCGGCACCUUUGUCUCCCUCCCGCCCGCCGUGCUUGUCGGACUGUGCAAGAAUCGCGCCAUGAUCGGGACGCACAUGGGCAUGGCAUUUGCAUGCACAUCCAUCGGUCUGCUCAUAGGCACGCCAAUCGCGGGCGCGAUAAACGAUGCUUCCGGGUUCAACGCUAUUUGGAUAUUUGGUGGCGUUUUGACCAUGGGCGGAUCACUGAUCUUACUGCUCGCUCGUUUGCUCAAGACAAAUUGGGCCAUCGUUGUUCGGUGUUAGCAGGCGGCUCUUUGCGAAAAAUUCGCUUGGGUAAGACUUUGGGAUGACGGCGUUUUUUUUCUUUUCUUUUGAUUGGCAUUUCUGGCGGCUGCAUUGUAACAUCACACAACGAUGCAUAGCGUUCUUGUUAUCACACCCAGAGUAAUUGAUCACACACUCAAUGACCCUCCUUGGACUACUUCCAGCCAU